UCAACAGGUAACCCAACUCUGAGCUUCUGCAGAGGAGGAAUCGAGAGGUGCCGGAGAUAUGAAGAUCCUACUGUUGUGUCUUGCACUCGUUUUGGCUUGUGAUGCCCAGCUACCCCUUCCUAAUGUACUGACACAGGUUUCAGGACCAUGGAAGACCUGGUACAUAUCAUCCAGCAACCCCGACAAGAUUGCGGAGAAUGGCACGUUCAGGAUUUAUAUGAGAGGUAUCAAUGUGGACAUACCAAGACUCAAAAUAUAUUUCAAUUUUUAUGCCAAGGUUGAUGGAGAGUGCGUUGAAAACACUGUUGGGGCAUCAAUAGGACGAGACAAUCUUAUCAAUGCUGAUUAUAAUGGUAGCAAUUAUUUCCGAAUUAUUGAUAUGACCCCAAACGCUCUCAUAGGCUAUGAUGUCAAUGUGGAUAGCAAAGGGAAAAUCACAAAACUGGCUUCAUUGAUGGGCAGAGGAGCUCAUGUUAAUGAGGAGGACAUUGCAAAGUUCAAGAAGCUAAGUAGUGAAAAGGAUAUUCCAGAAGAAAAUAUUAUAUAUGUAGGCGAUACUGACAACUGUCCCAACCAUGAAUAACAAGAGUGACGCCAACUCCCCCUAAAUAUUCUGUCGUCUUCCUCAUGGAAUGAGGAUCAACAGUAGGAAGAAAGCACUCCUUAUUUCUGCUUGGCAUCAUCUCUCUUUCUUCAUAAACAUGUUUCCUUUUGCCAUUUCAUCUCUCUCACUACCAUUCAGAUUCUGUUUGGUGUUACUGGAUAUCAUGUGAUUAAAUAAAUUGACUAAACGUGUUCUGUA